CUUUUCACUCUUACUUGUAGGCUGCUUGGAACGUCCGUCAAAAUGGCUUCAUUCAACAACCAACAACAGUGCAAGCAAACACCCACCUUGCCACCUGCACUGUGCAAACCUGUGACAGUGCCAGAACCAUCACCAUCCCCACCAGUGGUGAAGAUACCAGAGUGCCCUGUGGAGCAGCACCAAUGCAAGCAGACCGUCACUCUUCCUCCAGUGGUGAUCCCACUGCCAACCCCCUGUCCUGAAAAGAAGCCUCCAUGCAAAGAGCCACCAGUGGUGAUUGUGCCAUCUCCAGGCCCACAACCGGAGCCAUUUCCUUGCCCUCAGCAGGAGCCACCAUGCAAGGAGCCACCAAUAGUGGUCAUUCCAACUCCAUGCCCACAGCCGGAGCCACUUCCUUGCCCUCAGCAGAAGCAGCCUCCAUGCAAGGAGCCACCAAUAGUGGUCAUUCCAACUCCAUGUCCAGAGCCGGAGCCACUUCCUUGCCCUCAGCAGAAGCAGCCUCCAUGCAAGGAGCCACCAGUAGUGGUCAUUCCAACCCCAUGCCCAGAGCCAACCCCCUUUCCUGAAAAGAAGACUCCAUGCAAGGAGACACCAGUAGUGGUUGUCCCAACUCCAUGCUUUCCUUGCUCUCAGCAGAAGCAGCCUCCAUGCAAGGAGCCACCAGUAGUGGUCAUUCCAACUCCGUGCCCAGAGCCAACCCCCUAUCCAGAAAAUAAGCCUCCAUGCAAGGAGACACCAGUAGUGGUCAUUCCAACUCCAUGCCCUGGAAAUCCAUCCAAGCAGCCAACUCCACCCCCUUGUGAUCAGCAGCAGAAGAAGCAGCCAUGCCAUUGGCCACACCAGAAUAAGUAA